GCUCAGGACGAGCCCGCCACGGCGACAACAACGGAAGACCCCGUCCCCGCCCGCGUAGACCCUGUUAACGUCCCUGCCGAAAUCGUGGCGCAGUAGUGAUCACGACCAGGCUCGAUGCAAAGUCGUUCCCACCAACGCUUAAAAGCAGCGCACCAUCGACUUUCCCUCUCUCACUUCUAUCGCAUCAUUUUUCUGCGUUUUCUUCUCUUCACCUACUACUAUCCUAGCCAUGUCUUCCUUCAAGGCCACUCAGAACCACGGCAUCGUUGACAUCAAGGACCUUGACGUCAGUAAGAUCACCAUCACUGAUCCCAAACCAUUUUCUAACUCCUAUGGCAACUUUGCUUUUGUCAACUACGGCACUUCCCGCGACACGAUCAAGCUCAAGCUCCCCGAGAUGAGCCUUCCCUUCGCAGCCAAGCUCUGGACCGACAACAAAGAAAACGACAAGGUUGUCGCCAACGCUACCGCUCCCAGCGACAAUGGCAAGAUCACCAUGUGCCUCAGCCUCGACGGCCAUGAGACCGAUCCUAUCCUCGAAGCGGUCUACCAUAAACUCGUCGAACUCGACGAGCGUAUGAUCGAUCUCCAGGUCCAGAAGAGCAAGAACCUCGCCGUUCCCUUGUUCCCUAACGAGCGCCGUGAAUUGAGUCGCAACCAGGUCGCCGAUCGCUACAAGGGUACCGUCACCACCAAGAUCGGCCAGACCGGAAUCGCCUAUCCUCCCAACAUCAAGGUGAGCAUCGACCGCGACCCUCAAAACCCGAACGCCUUCCGUGCCGGCAAGUACGACGUCAAGUUCACCGAGGCCGGCAAUAAGUUGAUCGACGUCAACCCCAGCAAUGUCGAGCAGGUCCUCAGUGCCAAUGCCCGCGUCAUCCCCAUCGUCGAGAUCACCAAGCUCUUCCUUGGCAGGAACAACAACUCGUCCUUGACUCUGCGUCUCUGGCAGAUCAGAGUGUUGAGCAGCGGCGACAGCAACAUUGGCGACAUUGACUUUUUCGCCGAGAACGCACCUGCCUUUGUGAACACUGACGUCCCCUCUAUGCUUCCUUGCAAGCGCACGACUGGCGAUGCCGAGCAGCAGGAGCAAGAGACUUCCUCCUCCGAGGAACAGCCCACUGAGGAGUAGAGCGGAGCGAAAAAAAUAUUCUCUGUUUGUAUCAGCAGUACUGUGCACAGAUGGACAAUAAAUACUCUUCGUAUCAGUA